GCAGCUUGUUGCAUGCAGGCCGCUCCGAGCCCCGGUUCCCAGGCAGCCGCCGUUCAAAGCCGAAAAACUUGCCUCCCUCGCACCGCUGCUUUACUUUUUGAAGUGGCCGCCUUCUCAACAGUUGGCCGACUCGGCGCAACCAAACAUAAACAAAGUUCGGAUCCGGUGCAAAAACUAUUUAUGGGGCAACAGCCACGGGUUUCCAUGACAAUUCGCUUUUAACUAGGAACUUUCUGGAAAAAAACGAUCUUAGUGCAUUCAUCGUCUGACCGAACAGUCUCUGAAGGAUGAUGCUCUCCGUCUGACCACAGAAUUCGGACAAACUUACUGACAUAUAGGUCACUGGGAGGAUCUGGAGGUGCAGUCAGGUUCAGAGUUGAGAGGCGAGUGAAGCGACCCCAGGAUGGACAGGGUCCGAGCGUUGUGUUACCUGAUUGUGAUGACCACCUGUUGUGUCUGCACGCGGGCCGAGAAGGCUUUGGUCAGCAUCAACACCAACUCGACCGACGGAGUGUCGGGGUCAGGGUCAUGCCCGAUUAAGCUGAGGCCAGCAGAUUCCACCUUUAAACCGGGGGUGCAAGCAGUGUUGGAGAAGCACCAGACGGCGCUGCUGAUGUUGCUGGGGUUCGGUGGCUUCUCCAUCAUCUUGGCCCUCAUCCACAACGCCGUGCGCAAGUAUGUGUUUCACGACGAACACAACCUCGACACCACCUUCGACGCCGGCGGCAACGUCAGCCUGAGUCUGACGGCGGUGACUGUGGCGUCACAGCUCUUCUGGCCUGGUGACAUCCUGCACAGCGCCACCCUCACCACCAAGAACGGCAUUGCCGGACCCUUUUGGUAUUCCGUGGGCAUCAUCGCAAACAUCUUCAUCUUUCCAAUCUUCUCCGUGCAGUUCAAGACCAAGGCGCCUGGUGCCAAGACAUAUUUACAGAUCAUUCACGCUCGCUUUGGGAAGCAGGCGCACAUCGUCUUCUGCUUCUUCGCCAUCUUGACCAACCUCGUCAUCACCAUCGGCGUGCUGCUGGCAGGCAAGGCCACCAUCCAGUCUUUGACCAAGAACGCCUCGGACGAGUACUCGGUCCUGAUCAUGGCCACACUCUUCGGCUCCUACUCGCUCAUCGGCGGCUUGGGUACGACCUUCUACGUCUCCUACUUCAACGCCUGCCUCGUCUUCAUCCUCCUCAUCGUCUUCGUCGUCAAGAUCCUGCACAACACGGACGCGCAGUGGAAGCACGUGGGCGACACGUCACGCAUGUAUCAGGCCAUCUCCUGCAUCGAGGGCCCACCCGACAAUGUCGACAACAGCUUCAUCACCUUCAGGUCUUGGGGCGCCUUCCUGUACGGAAUCAUCGAGAUUUUCGUGUCGUCUGCUGUGACCUACUGUGACCAGGCCUCGUGGCAGUCCCGGAUCGCGGCCAAGCCGGUGCAGGGUGUGUGGGGCUUCCUGCUGGCCGGCUUCAUUUGGUUCUCCAUUCCCAACGUCAUGGCCGUCACCACAGGCAUGGCCUACCUGGCCCUCAGCUCCAACAACGGCAGCCACCUGCUGAUGCCGAGCGAAAUCGACGAAGGCCUCGUGACUCCACUGAUAGCCGAGAAGGUGCUGGGGUCAGCUGGGGGCAUCCUGGUGUUGACCAUGGGCGCCAUGGCCCUCAUGUCUACAGGUUCUGGGGAGGUGAUGGCGCUCUCCUCCAUUAUCGUCUACGACAUAUAUCAGACCUAUAUUCGACCCUUCAGGAAGGAGCUGGGGAGCAUCCACUGUGUGCUGUGUGGCCGAACCAAGAAAUACCUGGGCAAGCGGCAGAUGAUGAGCGGGGCCAACGAUACAUCUGAUGUCUGCACGUGCAUUGACGUGUCCAGGUGUCGCCACUGUAUGGAGGAUCUCUCUCAUAACAGUUCAAAGGUGGACUUUCACGAGUCCAGACCAUACAUGUGUCCAACGCACGGUCGCUUCCGACAUUAUAUGGACUUCCUGUUCGAGUUCAAGAAUUGGUGCAUCGUCAUGGUAACCGUGUGUAUCGUGCCUCUGGGUCUUGUUGUUUUCGAGUCAGGAAUCGACCUCAACUGGAUCUUUUAUGUUGGUGCCAUAGUAACCAUCCCCUGCUUCCCACCUGUUAUGCUGUCCAUCGUGUGGGUGAAGGCCACCUCCCAAGGCCUUAUUGCCGGUAGUCUGUGCGGUCUGGCCGCUGGGAUCAUCGCCACUCUGAGCGCCGCAACCAUGUACGAGGGCGGCCUGAGCUUGUUCCUCAUCAACACCGUGCAGGACUACAGCAUCCUGGCGGGCACCUGUUGCAGUUUCGGCUUCUCCCUCCUCGUCUGCAUCGUGGGUUCGCUGCUGACGCACGGCAUCCGCACUCCGGACGACGCGCAGUUGGAGUGGAUGAAGAUGUACGACAUCGACAACCCCCUGCACCCCUGGGAGGUCAACUUCCGGGAGGACUUGAAGGGUUUCGAGUACGAGGACCGGCCUACCAUCCACCAGAUGAACCAUGCUUUCCGCACAGCCAAGUACACGGCCUACAUCGGCGGGGCCUGCGCCAUCGGCCUUUUCGCAGUCGUCAUCCCGGGCAUCAUGGCGAGUUUUCCGGUCAUGGACGAGACGCAGUUCUCCAUGUGGCUGUACUUCAACCAAACCUGGGCCGUCGUCAUGGCCAUCAUCGUCAUCAUCGCGCCCCCGGCCGAAGAGGUCGUGAGGAUCAUCCGCCAGUGCCGCCGUAACCGAGGGAUCGAAACCAUGGUAGCGAAAGGUGACCGCGAGACCAACGAACUUGUUGUGAAGGAUGUGGAUCACCUUGGUAACAGCGACACGACGCCGGCGCAUGUAUAAAACACUGAUGGUUACCCUCAAGAUUGCUAGUUAUGAUGAUGAU